CUGGCUGUGGUGUUCAGCGCGGAGCAGCUGCUGCGUCACUUACAGCAGGUUUUAGAAACCCACGAAGUCAACUGGAAGCACGUCCUCUGCUUCGUCUCCACUCUACUGGUUUACAACCAGUCUGCUCAGUCCAGCCUCCGGGAGUUGUUGUCCAGGUUGCUGAGCUCGGCGUUUGAAGGCUACGACCUGGAGAACAUGAUAACCGCCUUCCUGUUGGCUCGACAGGGGGCGCUGGAGGGUCCCAGGAUCUGCCCCUCCUACAGCGACUGGUUCAAGAUGUCUUUUGGUGGCGGCAGCAGCUACCAGGCCAACAGCAAGAAGUCUCUGGUGUUCCUGCUCAAGUUUCUCUCCGACCUGGUUCCUUUCGAUCCUCCACAGUACCUCAAGAUUCACAUCCUGCAUCCUCCGUAUGUUCCUGCAAAGCACCGCAGCCUGCUCAUGGAAUACGUCUCUCUGGCUAAAACCAGACUGGCUGACCUCAAGGAGUCAGUGGAGGAGAUGGGUCUGUACGAGGAUGUUUCUGGUGCAUCGGUGCAGCCUCAGUGCCAGGCUGCGCAGGACGUGGAGAAGGCCGUGUCUCUGUUCGAGAGCACCGGCAGGAUCUCUGCCACCGUCAUGGAGGCCAGUAUUUUCCGGAGGCCUUAUUUUUUUACACGGUUUCUUCCCGCUCUGCUGAAGCCGAGAGCGCUUCCAGUGAGGCCUGAUGCUCAGAUGAUUUUUAUAGAAGCCCUGAAAAAAGCAGACAAGAUCCCUGCUGCACAAUAUUCAUCGUAUGUGGAGUCCUGCCAGAAACAAAGGCAGCAAAAUAAGAUCGCUGCACGUCUGGACGCCAGCGAUGAUCUCCUGGAUGUCCUGAAGGCUCAGCUGCAGGAGUUCACGGAGCUGCUCGACGCUGGAAGUGACAGAGAGAUGUCGGCCCAUCUGUCCAGGAUCUCUCACACGCUGAGCGUCGUCUUCACGGGUUGUCCCGAUGAGCCGACUGGACGAAGAGUCGUCACGCUGCACACGGAGUCUCCCGCGUUGUCUGAGCUUCAUGUAAAAGUUGUCAACAUGAUUCUGCAAAAUUUCUGUCAGUGCCUGUUAAACGCUUCUCGUGCAAAUCCUCCUAAUAAACAGAGUGUCUGGGCCUCCAGCUUCGUCAGCGCUCUGCUCGUUAACUCACAGCUCCUCUCAGAUUUACUGCUCAGACUUUGGGACCUGUUUCAUAACCAGGGCCCGUCGCUGACUGCGGCUCAUGUACUGGGUUUGGCGGUUUUUGUGGUCCACCUUCACGCUGCCAUGUCAGAUGACACGUUGUUUCAGCCGGUACCGCCCGUUCAUCCUCAGCCGGUACCGUUAGCAGAAGCUCUCAGCUCAGCUCUGCUGUGUGACACUCGCUCGAACAUGCUGUUCUCUGUCAGGGUGUGUGUGGCAGCGGUGUGUUAUGGGAUUUGUAAAGGAGACUCGGUAUCUCAAGAGCAACAGAAAUACAUCCCCAGCAGUCUUUAUAAAAAGCUCCUGUAUCUCAUUCCAAGACURCUGCCUGAAGCCAGAAGGACUGAUUCUUGUGCCGAGGAACUUCAGGAGGAGAACUCAGUCAACCUGUGGAGCAGCAUCAUGGACGAUAACACCACCUGGAGAAAGACUCUCCUGCAUCUGUGGAGGCACUCGGCCUUCCAACAGCUACAAGAAGGGUCUCAGUAUCRGCUGUGCUUCUCAGAAUGGCUGAAACUUGAGCUCAGAGUUCAAAGAAGUGAAGACGUCCUGUCUGACGCACARCGUCAGGAAUAUCAGCAGUGGGCCUGUUUGGAGCUUUACUUGACUCGUCCUGAAGAGGAGGGAGGCUUUGGGGGAGACAUGAAAGAACUCUGCUCUCGUCUGAUCAGCGCCAUUAUGGAUCAGCAGCUAAGUGAGCCGAGCCUGGAAAAGCCAAGUUCUCAGGCUGUAGCGUCUGGAACAGGAACCUGUUUACCAGAUAUUCAGUCCAGAUUACAGGAGCUGGUUUAUGAAAUGGAAGUCAGCAACCUGUCGGGCAGCUGUGGAUCUGAUCUGUGUGACUUCCUGUUUGAGGCGGUGUCUCAGAGAUGCUCCAACGCUGAGACUUCAGCUUCUCUCAGCUCUGAGCUCAGCCUGCAGCGCACCCUAAACUCAUGGAACAGAGUGCUGCUGGCUCUCCCAGCUGUGCUGUUCAUUAAAACAAAAACUGAAGGAGGGAGGACGACUUUGGACUGCAACAAACUGACAGAACACAUCAAUCAGCAUCAGAGGAAAGUGUGUUUUCCAGCCGGCGUGCUGCCCUGUCAUCUAACAGGACACUUUCUGAAAGGUUUGUUGUUUGCCAGUGUUCAGUGUGGACGUCCAGCAGACGACUUCAACAAAGCCUGGACUCAGAUGAGCACCCGAUGUCCCCUCCUGGURGUCUCCACAGUGCGCUGGUGGCAGCAGCUGUCGUCUGGACUGUUUUCACUCUGGAGCCGUCUGCGUGGUGGAGAACCUCCUCCAGAGCAGCUGCAGCUCCUCACAGACUGUCGACAGUGGGCCUGCAGCCUGGAGAGAGGUCAGGUGAUCCAUACGCCCUCGGCGGCAGCUCUCCUGUUGGCAGCCGGCCUUCACCGGGCCUGGCAAGACUGCGAGGGAAACCGCCUGAGCUUCAGCGCUGCUCUGACGUCGCUACGACCAGACAGAGACGCAAAACACAAGCAGGUGCUUGUUUUUCUGCUCUUCCUGUCCGUGAAAGACUACCUGUCAGCGCUCAUGUUUCCUCAGGAGAGGAGUCUGGAAAAAGCUGAAUAUUUCUGCACGGAGCUCCUGACUGUGUUGGUGACCUCUGCUGACUGGCUGCUCAUCUUCAAAUUAAACGAACAAAGUCUGUAUCAGUCAGUAAACCUGGUGACGUCAGACGAGUGUUCACGACUAAUACCCUGGGCUUUCUGCAGCUUGGUGCCGCAGCAAAGAGCCGAGCUGCUUCAGAAGGCCAUUUCUUGUCCUGGGUUCCUCCACACCACCGUCAGCUGCUACAUCUCUCUGCUGCAGCUCUUCCUGGAAGGAGACACACCCACACCAACCGUGGGACCCUCCRAGCGGCAGCUGGAGCCGUCCCAGAUCCUGAGCCACACCAAGCGGUUUGUUUUAAACUCCAUCUCUAAAUCGUCUCCGACCGACCUGUCCUCCGGCCAGCUCAGACAGCUGGAGCUUCGAUGUGUCGACCUGGACCCGGAGCUGGCUGCAGCGCUCUCUGUGCRCCUGGACCACCACAGUCUCAGUCCUGAGAUGGACUUUCUCUGACUGACGUUAGACGGAAACAUCUGRUCUCAAAUAUCCAACAGAAACACGACGGAAAAAGAAAAAUUUGUACAUUUUAUUUGAACAUACAUUUUUACAGAAUACACACUUUUUACACCUGUACAUCRAAAGCCCUUCCGUUGCUACAACACGGAGUAAUAACUUAAUUAAAAAAAAUGGAGAUUACAUAAAACUGCCUCAUCUUAUAGAACUUUUACAUGUAGGAGAGUUUUAAUGUGUGUGAGGCAACAAGAAUAUUUAACACAAUACAGAGCAGUGACAAUCUGUCACAAGGGUUUCCACCAGUUUCAACUMCUGAACAGUUUAAAACGUGUAAAAAAAAGUCCUGGUUUUGCUUCUGUUUUGAGUUUAGAGACAGAAAAGAUUCAAACUUUGAACUUAUCUGUUUGCAAAUGUUUGUUUUAGUUUCAGUCACUGACAAACGUUUAAAAUCUCCUGUACUUUAAGAGCAAAAUGAAUUAAGUGGUUCUUUCUUUAAAAAGGCUCAAAUGAA